AUGGAGGGCUGCCUGGGGGUGGAGUCUUUUCAGAUGUGGGAGCUCAACCGUCGCCUCGAGGCCUAUCUGGCCCGGGUCAAGGCGCUGGAGGAGCAGCAUGAGCUGCUCAGCGCGGAGCUCGUGGGUCUCCGGGCACAGUCCGGGGACGCUGCCUGGCGGGCCCGCGCCGACGACGAGCUGGCGGCCCUGCGGGCCCUCGUCGACCAGCGCUGGCGGGAGAAGCACGCGGCCGAGGUGGCGCGCGACAGCCUGGAGGAGGAGGCGGAGAGCGUGGCGGGCCGGUGCCAGCAGCAGCGGCUGGCCCGCGAGCGGACGGCCGAGGAGCUGGCCCGCGGCCGGCGCGCGGUGGAGGCGGAGCAGGGCGCCCAGGCCUGGCUGAGCCGCCGGGCGGCCGAGCUGGAGCGCGAGCUGGAGGCUCUGCGCGCGGCGCACGAGGAGGAGCGCGCGGGCCUGGCCGUGCCGGCCGCUGGGCCCCCGUGCCGCCCCGGCCACCCCCGCGCGCCCCCGGCGCCCGGCCCCGAAGUGGAGGAGCUCGCGCGGCUGCUGGGCGAGGCGUGGCGCGGGGCCGUGCGCGGCUACCAGGAGCGCGUGGAGCGCAUGGAAACGGCGCUGGGCGAGGCCCGCCAGAGGCUGGGUCAUGCGGUGCAGGGCGCCCGCAAGGGGCACCUAGAGCUGCAGCAGCUGCAGGCCGAGCGCGGCGGCCUCCAAGAGCGCAGGGCAGCCCUGGAGCAGAGAUUGGAGGGCCGCUGGCAGGAGCAACUGAGGGCCACUGAGAAGUUCCAGCUGGCCGUGGAGGCCCUGGAGCAGGAGAAAAAGGACCUACAGAGUCAGAUUGCCCAGGUCCUGGAAGGUCGGCAGCAGCUGGCACGCCUCAAGAUGUCCCUCACCCUGGAAGUGGCCACAUACAGGACCCUCCUAGAGGCUGAGAACUCCCGACUGCAGAUACCUGGCGGCGGUUCCAAGGCUUCCUUCAGCUUCCAGGACCCCAAGCUGGAGCUUCAUUUUCCUGGUACUCCAGAGGGCCAGCGUCUGGGACCUCUGCUCUCUGUCCUCAGCCCUACUCCCCUCUCCUUGCCCUUACCUGAUACUCUUCAGACACCUGUUCCAGCCUUUCUGAAGAGGCAGGAAUUCCUCCAGGCUCGUACCCCCACCUUGGCCAGCACCCCUAUCCCACCCACAGCUCAGGCUCCCUGCCCUGCUGCAGAUGGAGAGAUCAGGGCCCAGGAUGCCCCUCUCUCUGUGCUCCAGCCAGAGGUUGGGCGGCAACAGUUUCCACAGGCCAUGAGGGCUGAAGCCAAUGUAGCCAUCCCUGCCAGCAUCCUGGCAGGACCAGAGCAACCUGAGGGCCAGCAGCUAAAGGCCAGUACAGGCCAGUCCCCUGAGGAUCAUGCCUCCUUGGCCCCACCCCUCAGCCCUGACCACCCCAGUUUAGAGGCCAAAGAUGGAGAACCCAGUGAGACUAGAGUGUCCAGCAGAUUUCAGAAGGAAGAUGAAGGGGAACUGGCAGAGAAAGAAAUAGCCAUAGAGGUCAAAGUGGUAAGCAGCCUGCAGCAGCAAACACAGCAAGAAGAGGGGGAUCUGGACAGGAAGGAAAUCCAGGGCUCCCAGGGUCCUUUGGAAAAAGAAAUUCUGAAGUCUCUGGAAGAGGAGGGUCAAGAGCCACUGAUGUUUCUGGAAAAACAGAGCCAAGAGACACUGAGACCUCUAGGGAAGGAGAAUCAAGAGCUAUUGAAGUCUUUAGAAGAAAAGGACAUGGAGGUAGUGAGAACUCUAGAAAAAGAGACUCUAGAACUAUUUAAGCCUACAGGAAAAGAAGAUCUGCAGACAUUGCAAUCUCUAGAAAAAGAGAAUCAAGAACUAAUGAGGUCUCUUGAAGAUAAUCUAGAGACAUUUUUAUAUCCAGGGAAGGAAAAUCAAGAAUUAGUGCAGUCUCUAGAAGGGGAGAACUUUGAGUCCUUGAGAGCUCUAGAAAAACAGAAUCAGGAACCACCGAGGUCUGUAGAAGAAGAGGACCAGAAAACACUGAGAACUCUAGAAAAAGAAAAUCCUGAGUCUCUGAGGUCUCUAGAAGAGAAUCAAGAGUCCUUGAGAUCUCUAGAAAAAGAGAACCAGGAACCACUGAGGUCUCUAGAAGAAGAGGACCAAGAGGCACCGAGACCUCUAGAAAAAGAGACUCAACAGCCACUGGAGUCUCUAGGAGAAGAAGACCAAAUGACAUUGAGACCUCUGGAAAAGGUGAAACCAGAGCCACUGAAGUCUCUUGGAAAAGACCAGGGGAUAUGUAGACCUUUUGAAAAAGAGAAUCAAGAGUUAUUAAGGUCCCUAAACGAAGGGAGUAUAGAGGCAGUAAGAUGUUUAGAAACAGAGAAUCUAGAACCACUAAAGUCUGCAGGAGAAGAUCUGGAAAUAUUAAAGCCUACAGAAAUUCAAGGGCCAUUGUGGUCUCUGGAAGAAAUGAAUCCUGAGACCAUGAAACCUCUAGAAACGGAAAUUCAAGAAUCGCUGGGGUCUGUGGAAGAGAACCAAGAGUCUUUGAAGUCCCUAGAAAAGGAGAAUCAAGAAUCAUUGAGAUCUCUGGAAGAAUGGAACCUAGAAAAUUUGAGAUCUCUGGAAGAGGUAGACAAGGAAAGUCAAAAGUAUCUGGAAGAGGAAGAGAACUUGGAGAAGGGAGAGAAUCAAGAGUCGCUGAGGUCUCUGGAAGAGGAGGGACAGGAGCUGCUGCUGUCUGCAGAUCAGCAAAGGUGGGAAGAUGUGGUGGGGGGCCAAGAACUGGAUCAGGAAACGCCCUCUGGGAGGGCUGGAGUGGACGAUGAGGAUGAGGCAGAGCUGGACCUGAGGGAAUGUGAUGGCAAGGAGGGAUCUGCAGAGGAGGAAGAACUGCAGUUGACUGUCGUAGGAGGAGCCUGGAGCACAGGUGAGGGGCACCCAGGGAGCCCUGAGCCCAAAGAGCAGAGGGCUCCAGCUGAGGGCACCAGUGGGGAGGGAGUUGCUGAGGGCCUUCAGACACCUGAAGGGCAGCCAGAGACCGUGGGGGCCCAAGGCCUCCAUGCUCCCUGGGGAAUGUCAGAGGUGAGAGAGCCAGUAUUGGAAAAUGAGAAUAAGGCCCCAGGGGGUGGCCGAGCCUCCCCAGAGGUCACCUUGGGGUUGGAGGCAGCCAUGGGUGAGUCAGCUUCAGGAGCUGAGCAGGGACUGGAGCAGAAGAUGGUAGGGUUGGAGGACCCAGGCCACCUGGCCAGAGAGGAGGUGAUGGAGCCAGUCCUGAGGGAAGAGAGUUUGGAGGCAAAGAGUGUGCAGGGCUUGGAAGGGCCUGAAAAGGACCUAGAGGAGGCAGCUGCUCUGGAGCCAGAGCUUUCCAUACUGCCCAGGAAGAGCAGAGACUCUCUGGAGUCUCCUGGGGCUGCGGAGGAGUUGGAGGCUGAGGUCCCCUCAGGAGAAGAUGAGGUGCUCCCUGCUGAGACCUUGUGCCAUGAUGCAAGUGAUACCCCUCAACCCAGGCUCCUGGGGUCAGAGGAAGCUGAGAAGGAUGCAGAACCAGUACUAGGGUCCUCCAGCCCAAGGCUCACUGAGCCCUGUUUGCUCACCCCAAUCCCUGAAGCUGCCCCUGGUUCCCAGCCCCUAGCAGAGGGGAACCAGGAGGCUAGCUGGGGGCUGGAGGGCAAGGCUGAGGCCUUGGAAAAGGUAGAGGGUGAGAAGGAGGAGUUGGGUCCUGGGGGACUCCCCGAGGGCCUCCAAGAGGAGGAGGAAGAGAGCAGAGAUGAGAGCGAGGCUGAUGAGCUGGGGGAGACCCUUCCUGACUCCACGCCCCUGGCCCUGUACCUCAGCUCCCCUGCCUCAUCCAAGUGGGACCUAGCUGCAGAGCAGAGGCCCUCCCCUCAAGGGGAGGCCAGAAAGGAGGGAUGUGAUUUUGCCGUCCUGACCCCUGAGGGCCAUGGGGACCACCCAGAGGAGGAAGAGGAGGAGGAGGGAGAUGAGGAGGAGGAGGAAGAGGAGGAAGGGGGAGGUGAGGAGGAGGAAUGUGGCCAGGACUCUGACCUGUCAGAGGAAUUUGAGGACAAUGUGGGGACUGAGGCUUCUGUCCUUCAUGGGGACCCCGGAGAAUUGAUGGAACCUCUGGGCCAGGUGUCCCAGCUGCCACUGGAGCCUGCAGCCUGGGGUCAGGAUGGGGAGUCUGAUGGGUUUGCAGAUGAGGAAGAGAGUGGGGAGGAGGGAGAGGAGGAGGAAGAAGAGGAGCAGAAGGAGCCAGGGGGUGAGCAGUGGGGGCCAGGGCCCUCUGUUGACAGCCUUCCUGCCAUGAGCAGCCCUCAGAGGGAGGACCUCUUGGGGUCUGAGACUGUGGAUGUCAGCAUCCCCUGGGAUGAUGGCUUAAGGGGUACAGCAGCUGAUCCCCCUAUGACUGCCCAGGAGACUGAGUCCCAAGACAGCACCGAGCCCUCUGGCUCAGAGGAUGAGUCUGAGGAUGCUCCCUUGGAGAGGGAGGACCAAGUUCCAGGCCCUCUGGGGACCCUCAGUGGGACAGAGGAUACCCCUGGUGUCAAUGGCCAGGGCCCCAGCUUGAAGAAUGAGUUGGAGCAUGUGAAUGGGGGGUUGGUGAAUGGGGUGGAGCAGUCUGAAGGAGCAGGGCAGGGAAAACGGGGGGCCCUUGAUGGGGACCAAGGGAAGCCUUUGGAGGAGGAGGAGGGGAGUGCCCUGAAGGCCCCUUGGGCAGGGGCUUCUCUUCAUCUGGACCCAGGCCAGUUCCUAAAGUUCACUCAGAGGGAAGGAGACGGGGAUUCCUGGUCCUCAGGGGAAGAUUAGAGACAGUGCUCUUCCCGCACUUAGGACUUGAGUGGGGACAUGUCCCCAAGCCCCCUCCCUGCUCAGGGCCAGCGCCUUAACUUAUGAUCUCCCAACCUGCGGUUUCUGCCCAAGAGGCCUGGCUGGCCAAUGUGAAAUGAGGUGUGGGAAGGGGACCUACCUGUUCCGAAAACGGAGGCUCCAGGAAUGAAAACCAGCCUCUCAGACCCUGCAGAGUGGACAUCAUGCCUGCACUGUCCCAUGAGGUUUAAGCCAACUGAAUCCCUAUAGGACUAGGCCCCUUUUCCUUGCACCCCCUUUCCUUCCAUCCUUUUGGCUGGAAAAGGCCUGGGGCCCGGUGGCUCCUCCAAGAAGAAGGUGGCUGUGGUGGUCUUUGUGUGUGUGGAGGGUUCACCAGCCCUGUCCCUCCUCACUGUACCCUCAUGGGAUGUCCGGUCAGUAAGGGGGUGCUCCUAUAUCCUGACCCCCCAUAUUCCUGCCCUGUGUGACUGCCCUGCCCUCUGGCUCAUCCCUGCUUGAAUAAAGUAAUG